AUGCGGUUCUUCUCUCUUGCUGCCUCGACUCUUCUCGCCCUGAUCCCCGCUGUUCUCGUUGCAGCUCAGGCGCACGAUACCCCCGAGCUUGGCAUCGUCACCACCUUCCCUAACAACCCUUUCUCUAUUGUCAAGAACGGCCAAGCAAACACCGUAGUCUUCUCCAUCACCAACCCUCCCAAAGAUGACCGUCUGCUCACCCUUCAAUCCAUCACCGGCGCCUUCCUCAACCCCAAGAAGAACGAUGGUCAACGAGGCCGCGUUCUCCGCAACAUGACCACAACUGCCUUCAAGUCUCGUCCUCUUCGUUCCGUCGGUGGUCGUCCCGUCCAGAUUCCCUUCGACUUUGUCCCUGAGUUCAAGCCUCAAGAGCUUUCCGUCGAGUUCAGCCUGCUGGUCAAUGACGAACAGACCGGCAAGAAGCACCGUAUCCACGCCUACCGCGGUAACGUUCAGGUCAUCGAGCCCCCUAAGAACUGGUUCGAUCUGCAGCUUCUUUCCGUGUACUUGAUCGCUGCUGCCGUUGUGGCUGGUGUUGGAUACGCUGUCUACUCGACCUAUCUCAAGCCUGAGGAGAAAACAGUUGCGGGCAGCAAGAAGUUUGAGAAGCCAGCACCUGUUCAGCAGGCUGGUGUUCAGGAUGAGUGGAUCCCCGAGCACCACCUCCGUGGCCGCAAGAACAAGAGCAAGUCGGCUGGCGCUCUUAGCAGCGGUGACGAUGAGCCUUCUAAUCCUAAGCGACGAGGCAAGGGCCGUAAGUAA